UUGAGCGACACCGUUUUGGCUAAGGAAGACAGCGCGAAGGUGGGAGAAGCUAUGUCACUGGUAGAUUACGACGAUUCUUCAUCCGACGACGAUGUCUUAGCCGCCGACCAGAAGGAUUCAUUGCCACAACCGCAACAAAAGUCCUCUGAAACUCAAUCUUUUCGUCCGAAUACACAGCGAUCAUUAAAUAAGCAGGAAGGGAGUGAUGAACUUCCUCAGCUACCAGAUGCUUUGCUUCUUCUGGAGUCACCAACGCUGACACAAUUGAGCGGUGGUGACCAUGCUUCCGUUGUUGCAGCUGCAAUGGCCGAGAGUGCAUUACGGAAAAGAGACUUAAAUGUUAAAUCUUCUUCUCUUCCUCGUCGUUCGAAGCUACCAAGAGGAAAUUUGCCUCAUUCCAAGAAUAUUCCAGAAACCUUGAGUAAUGUGCUUGUGCCUCCUCAGCUUAAGGGAAGGAGCAAUGUUGCCACAGAAGAUAUAAGCAGGCUUUUUGUGAAAAAACGGCAAGAGUCCUCCAAGGCAAGAUCUCCAAAUCAGGAAUAGUUUCGUCAAAUUUGAAUGGUUUUGUUUCUCUGACUAAUUUCGUAAUACCUUUGGUGCAAUUUAAUUGCAGUAUCUUCGUAGUGGGGGCAAUAAAACAGAGUUCAUGUAAUUUAACGUUUUGUCAUUUAUUUGCUACUAAUCACACAUGAUUCCUAUUACAUUUCAUUUGGGCCGCUCGGUAAUUUUGACUUGUGAUCAAAAGUGUACAACAAAAUGGAGCAACCAAGGCUUCCUCAGACUCUGACCGCGGUCCAGAAGAUGCAUAUCUUUUAUCAUCAUACUGCAACUGCAAUUGCGAUUGUGUGCAAUUCUCUUACUUUUCUAAAGUUUUUUUUACUUCUUUCCGGUCUAAACUGUUUUGUAUAU